CACGAAAAGGUGCCGACGCGAAGCAAGCCGUCGCGCCGAGGGAGUUGGAUCGGCUUCGCGGGCCUCGCUUGGGAGCUCCUCAUUGUCGGAUCCCUCGCAUUGAAUCUGGUAGCCAUCGCUCUGUUCGCCUCGCCCUCGCUGGACGAGGGCGGCGCGCCUCCUCUGGAUUUCGACGCCGAAGCCUCCGUGGCGGCUUCGGCGGCCCUCGUCGGGUCGAAGCAUUCCGAGGGCCGGGACGAGGAGAUCAGCGUGUCUUCCACCUCCGGCUCCCGCCCCACCUCCAAGGAUGCCGUGAUUAAUCUUGACCACGGAGAUCCAACCAUGUACGAAUCCUUCUGGAAGAGGAUGGGCCACCGGGGGGACAUCACCAUCGCUGGGUGGCAGGGCAUCAGCUAUUUCUCAGACGUUACCAACUUGUGCUGGUUCCUCGAACCAGAGUUUGAUCAUGAGAUUCGUCGCCUCCAUCGCCUCGUAGGCAACGCUGUAGCUGAUGGCCACUUCGUAGUCGUUGGGACAGGUUCAACGCAGCUCUUUCAAGCUGCCCUGUAUGCUUUAUCUCCUCCUGAUACUCCACAUCCACUUAGUGUUGUUUCUGCAGCUCCAUACUACUCAUCGUAUCCAGCCGUCACGGACUACCUUAGGUCAGGGCUUUAUCGGUGGGCUGGUGAUGCAUCAGCAUUCAAAGGCAAUAUUUACAUAGAGUUAGUAUGCUCCCCUAACAACCCUGAUGGCUCCAUUAGAGAAGCAGUUCUGAAGUCUGAGAAUGGAACGAUAAUUCAUGACUUGGCAUACUAUUGGCCACAGUACACCCCCAUAACUCAUGCAGAAGACCAUGAUAUCAUGCUAUUUACUGUCUCAAAAACAACAGGCCAUGCUGGAAGUCGACUUGGGUGGGCUUUAGUGAAAGACAAGGAUGUUGCUAAGAGAAUGAUCAAGUUUGUUGAGCUGAAUAGCAUUGGAGUUUCAAAGGAUUCACAAUUUCGGGCAGCUAAGAUACUCAAGGCCAUCUCAGAUGGUUAUGAACUUCCAAAUCCAAAGAACAAGUACAAACUCUUCGAUUUUGGUCAUCUACUUAUGUCCGUGAGAUGGAAGAGGUUGCGAGAAGCUGUGAAGGUCUCAGGCAUCUUUAGUUUACCUGAGUUCCAGUCAUCCUAUUGUACUUUCACAGGGAAGAGGACUGAAACAUAUCCAGCUUUUGCCUGGCUCAAAUGUGAAAAGGAAGGAGUAGAAGACUGUGAGAACUUCUUAAGGAGUCACAAAAUCCUGUCUCGGAACGGCAAGCAUUUUGGUGCGGCCCGUAAGUUUGUUAGGAUUAGCAUGUUGGAACGCGAUGAAACAUUUGAACUCUUCAUAGAGCGGCUUUCUUCUCUCACUUAAGGGAUCAUUUCAUAUAAAUAAGAUUUCUGCUCUUUUUCCAACUUUGCUUUUU